CUUUCCGAUGGCCUCGCUGUACGUGGGCGACCUGCACCCUGAGGUGACGGAAGCAAUGCUGUACGAGAAGUUCAGCCCGGCGGGGCCCAUCCUCUCCAUCCGCAUUUGUAGGGACAAGAUCACCCGCCGCUCCUUGGGCUACGCUUAUGUCAACUACCAGCAACCGGUGGACGCCAAGCGGGCCCUGGAGACCCUGAACUUUGAUGUUAUAAAAGGCAGGCCAGUGCGCAUCAUGUGGUCCCAGAGGGACCCCUCGCUCCGCAAGAGCGGGGUGGGCAACGUCUUCAUCAAGAACCUGGGCAAGACCAUCGACAACAAGGCUCUGUACAACAUCUUCUCGGCCUUCGGCAACAUCCUGUCCUGCAAAGUGGCCUGCGACGAAAAGGGGCCCAAGGGCUACGGGUUUGUGCAUUUCCAGAAGCAGGAGUCCGCUGAGCGGGCCAUAGAUGCGAUGAAUGGCAUGUUUCUGAACUACCGCAAAAUUUUCGUCGGGAGGUUCAAGUCGCAUAAAGAAAGAGAGGCCGAAAGGGGAGCCUGGGCCAGGCAGUCCACCAGUGCUGACUGCAAGGAUUUUGAGGAAGACACCGACGAGGAGGCCACCUUGCGAUGAGGACACCCCUGGAGCAAGCCAGCAGGGCCAGAUCUUGGCUCCUACCCGGUUUACAACCCUCCCCCCCAACCCACCAGCAGUGUAUUGUAUUGGGAGUGCAGGUCUCUCGCUCUCCCUCUCCCUCUC